CCCCUUCGGCCGGUGCCGGGGCUGCACUUUGGAGAGAGCGAAGGAAAUGGGCGAGAAACUUUCGGAGCCUCCGGAGCCAGUGCCCCGCCGCGGCUGCAGUAGCAGCAGCAACAGCCUGAUUCCGGCUCUGGCGGCCGUUCCCGCUGCAGCCGCGUCCCCCUGCACCAACUCGUCAGUGUCCUCUUCUGGCUCCGAAACUCUGUCGGAGGAAGGGGAGCCUAGUGCCCAGACCGCCUCCUCCUGCGGUCAGCAGCAGCAGCCGUCACUGCCGCCUCCUCCUGCCCAGCCAGCUCCGGGCGCAGAAGGGCCGGGAGAAGCCCGACGGCGGCUGCAGCUGGAGCCGCAAGCGGAUCGCGGUGCUGCCCGGCAGUCAGUGAACCUGGGAGCCGGGCUGCCCGGGGCUGAGCGCAGCAGCGCGUCUCAGGAGGAACAGGAUGAAGAGCUUGAUCACAUAUUGUCCCCUCCGCCCAUGCCAUUUCGAAAAUGCAGCAACCCUGAUGUAUCUGCUGUCCCUGGAAAAUCCCUUAAAUUCAAAAGACAGCUGAGCGAAGAUGGGAAACAGCUGAGGCGAGGGAGCCUCGGGGGAGCAUUGACUGGGAGGUACCUACUUCCAAACACCAUCGCAGAGCAGUCAUGGCUAGCAGCUGCAGAGACCUCCAACCUCAUCCGGAUGCGCAGCCAGGCUCUUGGUCAGUCAGCUCCUUCCCUCACUGCUAGCAUGGAAGGGCAGCCUCCGAAGAGCCAUUUCAGCUCAGCCCGGCAUCGGCAGAGACUAGUGGACACCUCAGCUCCAAAAAAGGAGCUGAGUCUCCCUAGAAGAGGAAGUUUUUGCCGAACGAGUAACCGGAAAAGCUUAAUAGGAAAUGGCCAGUCACCAGCAUUGCCUCGUCCGCACUCCCCUCUCUCUGCUCAUGCAGGAAAUAGUCCUCAAGAUAGCCCAAGAAAUUUCUCCCCUAGUGCCUCAGCCCACUUCUCCUUUGCACGAAGGACUGAUGGACGCCGCUGGUCUUUGGCCUCUCUCCCUUCUUCUGGCUAUGGAACAAAUACACCCAGUUCCACAGUAUCUUCUUCCUGUUCCUCCCAGGAGAAGUUGCAUCAGUUACCAUACCAACCAACACCUGAUGAAUUACACUUUUUGUCAAAACAUUUCUGCACUGAAAGCAUCGCCACUGAGAACAGAUGCAGAAACACUCCAAUGCGCCCCCGUUCUCGAAGUCUCAGCCCUGGACGUUCUCCUGCCUGCUGUGACCAUGAAAUAAUUAUGAUGAACCAUGUCUACAAAGAAAGGUUCCCAAAGGCUACAGCUCAGAUGGAAGAACGUCUACAGGAAAUUAUCACCAACUAUUCUCCUGAUAACGUCCUCCCCCUGGCAGAUGGAGUGCUUAGUUUCACCCACCAUCAGAUCAUUGAACUGGCUCGAGAUUGCUUGGAUAAAUCCCACCAGGGCCUCAUCACCUCACGAUACUUUCUCGAAUUACAGCACAAAUUAGAUAAGUUGCUACAGGAGGCUCACGACCGUUCAGAAAGUGGAGAGUUGGCAUUUAUCAAACAACUGGUUCGCAAGAUUCUGAUAGUUAUUGCCCGCCCUGCCCGCUUAUUGGAAUGCCUGGAGUUUGAUCCUGAAGAAUUUUACUACCUCUUGGAAGCCGCUGAAGGCCAUGCAAAGGAAGGGCAAGGCAUUAAAACAGACAUUCCUCGGUAUAUCAUCAGUCAGCUGGGACUAAAUAAGGAUCCUUUGGAAGAAAUGGCACAGCUAGGGAGCUAUGAUAGUGGGACUGCAGAAACACCAGAAACUGAUGAAUCAGUGAGUAGCUCUAAUACUUCACUGAAACUUAGAAGAAAACCCCGGGAAAGUGAUUUUGAAACAAUCAAAUUGAUUAGCAAUGGAGCUUAUGGGGCUGUUUAUUUUGUGCGGCAUAAAGAAUCCAGGCAGAGGUUUGCCAUGAAGAAGAUUAAUAAACAGAACCUCAUUCUCCGGAACCAGAUUCAGCAGGCCUUUGUGGAACGUGAUAUCCUGACGUUUGCGGAAAAUCCAUUUGUGGUCAGCAUGUACUGUUCCUUUGAAACAAGACGCCACUUGUGCAUGGUCAUGGAAUAUGUGGAAGGGGGAGAUUGUGCAACCUUAAUGAAAAACAUGGGACCUUUGCCAGUAGACAUGGCUCGGAUGUACUUUGCUGAGACAGUUCUAGCCUUGGAGUAUCUGCAUAAUUAUGGCAUUGUGCACAGGGAUUUGAAACCAGACAAUUUGCUGGUCACAUCCAUGGGACAUAUAAAGCUUACUGAUUUUGGUUUAUCCAAGGUGGGACUGAUGAGCAUGACCACCAAUCUUUAUGAGGGUCACAUUGAGAAGGAUGCUCGAGAAUUCUUAGACAAGCAGGUCUGCGGGACACCUGAAUAUAUUGCACCAGAAGUGAUUCUGAGACAGGGUUAUGGAAAGCCAGUGGACUGGUGGGCCAUGGGAAUCAUUCUGUAUGAGUUUCUGGUUGGAUGCGUGCCAUUCUUUGGGGACACACCAGAAGAGCUAUUUGGACAAGUCAUCAGUGAUGAAAUCAAUUGGCCUGAAAAAGAUGAAGCACCCCCUCCCGAUGCCCAGGAUCUGAUUACACUGCUACUCCGGCAGAAUCCUCUGGAGAGACUGGGAACAGGUGGUGCAUAUGAAGUAAAGCAACACCAAUUUUUUCGUUCCCUGGACUGGAAUAGUUUGCUGAGACAGAAGGCAGAAUUCAUCCCGCAGCUAGAAUCGGAAGAUGACACAAGUUACUUUGAUACUCGUUCAGAGAAGUAUCACCACAUGGAAACAGAAGAAGAAGAUGACACCAAUGAUGAAGAUUUUAAUUUGGAAAUACGGCAGUUUUCUUCAUGUUCCCACAGGUUUUCAAAAGUUUUUAGCAGCAUAGACCGAAUAACCCGGAAUCCUGGAGAAGAGAAAGAAGACUCAGGAGAUAAAACCAAGAAUACAGCUCUACCAUCUGUGGAGACAUUGAGUUGGAGUUCAGAGUACUCUGAAAUGCAACAGUUAUCCACAUCAAAUUCCUCUGAUACGGAAAGUAACAGACAUAGACUCAGUUCGGGCCUACUUCCCAAGCUGGCCGUUUCGACAGAGGGAGAGCAAAGGGAGCCGGCUGCAUGCCCCAGGGAAUCUAGAGAGGAGCCUGAGAAGCCAGCCCCCCCUCCGUCUGAAGAGUCUGCCCAAGAUGAACCUGAAGUCACCACGCCCGCGAGUACCAUUAGCAGCUCCACGCUCUCCGUUGGAAGUUUUUCAGAGCAUUUGGAUCAGAUAAAUGGAAGGAGCGAGUGUGUGGACAGUACAGAUAAUUCCUCAAAGCCAUCCAGUGAACCCGCUUCUCAAAUGGCUCGUCAGCGAUUAGAAAGCACAGAGAAAAAGAAAAUCUCUGGGAAAGUCACAAAGUCCCUUUCUGCCAGUGCUCUGUCCCUCAUGAUCCCAGGAGAUAUGUUUGGUGUUUCUCCCCUGGGAAGUCCGAUGUCUCCCCAUUCUUUGUCCUCCGACCCUUCUUCUUCCCGAGAUUCUUCCCCAAGUCGGGACUCCUCAGCAGCUUCUGCAAGUCCCCAUCAGCCCAUUGUGAUCCAUAGCUCAGGGAAGAAAUACGGUUUCACCAUCCGGGCCAUCCGAGUAUAUGUGGGUGACAGUGAUAUCUAUACAGUUCAUCAUAUAGUUUGGAAUGUGGAAGAAGGGAGUCCAGCAUACCAGGCAGGACUGAAGGCUGGAGAUCUGAUCACUCACAUCAAUGGAGAGCCAGUGCACGGCCUUGUACACACUGAGGUCAUUGAGCUGCUGCUAAAGAGUGGAAAUAAGGUAUCAAUCACGACAACCCCUUUUGAAAACACAUCAAUCAAAACAGGCCCAGCUCGAAGAAAUAGCUACAAGAGCCGGAUGGUAAGACGAAGUAAGAAGACCAAAAAGAAAGAAAGUCUAGAAAGGCGAAGAUCCCUCUUCAAGAAGCUAGCCAAGCAGCCUUCACCUUUACUCCACACUAGCCGAAGUUUCUCCUGCUUAAACCGUUCUCUUUCCUCUGGAGAGAGCCUCCCUGGGUCCCCAACUCACAGCUUAUCUCCCCGAUCACCUACACCGAGCUACCGUUCCACCCCAGACUUUCCAUCUGGUACUAAUUCCUCCCAGAGCAGCUCUCCAAGCUCCAGUGCCCCUAAUUCUCCAGCUGGUUCUGGGCACAUUAGGCCCAGCACUCUUCAUGGCUUGGCACCCAAACUCAGUGGACAAAGAUACCGGUCAGGGAGACGUAAAUCAGCUGGCAGCAUUCCACUUUCCCCACUGGCCAGGACACCUUCUCCAACCCCGCAGCCUCCCUCCCCUCAGCGGUCACCGUCCCCCUUGCUGGGGCAUUCCCUUGGCAAUUCCAAGAUCGUACAGGCCUUUCCCAGCAAAAUGCAUUCCCCACCCACGAUCGUCAGACAUAUUGUGAGGCCCAAGAGUGCUGAGCCACCAAGGUCCCCUCUGCUCAAAAGAGUCCAGUCUGAAGAAAAACUCUCCCCUUCCUAUGGCAGUGACAAGAAGCAUCUCUGUUCUCGGAAGCACAGCCUGGAGGUGACUCAGGAAGAGGUGCAGCGGGAGCAGUCUCAAAGAGACACGAUGCUCCAGAGCCUGGAGGAGAAUGUGUGUGAUGCUCCUUCCCUCACCCGAGCCAGGCCUGUGGAACAAGGCUGCCUGAAACGCCCCAUCUCAAGAAAGCUGGGAAGGCAGGAGUCCGUGGAGGAACUGGACAGAGAGAAACUGAAAGCCAAGGUGGUGACAAAGAAGCAAGACUUCCCUGAGAAGCAAGAGUCCCUGCAGAAAUCCCAUGAACCAUGCAGCGAUUUGGAAAACCUCGCGACCUUGAGGCUGGAAGAAAGAGAGAAGAAAACAUAUCAAAAGACUUUGGAGAGAUCAAGUAAUUUUGACAACAGAGUAGCAAUGCAGGAGACAACGUCAUUGUCAUCACUAUCCGUCAGCAGCCUACUUCACAAGAACGCUGCUGGUGUGAAGUCUGGCGAUGGUCUGCCAUUGGACGCCCAGGGGGUCUGCCACAGACUUCCACUUAGCGAGCAUAGCCUGAGCUCUCAUGAGCACAAAAGGCUGCCUCCCCCAUGCCUGCUGCAAGACAUGCUCGCACACCCAGCAGAGAGGCUGGCCGGUGGGAAAGGGGAUGGUGUCGAGAAGGCCAGCCAGGCAAAAGAAUUCAGCAAGUUUGAAAAAUUUGAUGGCAAGCUUACAAAUAUCGAUUACCUUCGGAAGAAGAUGUCCUUUGAGGAGAAAGAUGACAGCCUCAGUUCCGUGCUGAAACCGAAGCUUACAUCAAAUGUCCAUGAAUGCCUUCAGCUGAACACCACAAGGCCUAUAAAUAUGCAGCAGGAUCCCACUCCGGUCUCAGAGAGCCGGACGGUCAUCGGCAGUGCUCAUGGAGUGCAGAUAAGUUCGACGGCUUUUGUUCCUCUCAAGGCUCUGACUGGUCGAGCAGAAGGUGGGAUGGAAAAGCCAACCUUGAUCCCUCCCGAGUCCCCAGUCAGGAAAAGUCCGUCAGAAUACAAACUGGAAGGCAGGUCUGUCUCUUGUCUGAAGCCUAUUGAGGGCACCCUGGACAUUGCUUUAUUAUCAGGGCCUCAGGCUUCCAAGACAGAAGGGCCAUCACCGGCUUCCACAGAGACCCAUCACCUCAGUAGUGACCUGGGACCUUUUGUGUCACCAGCUCUGUCUGUAGGUUCCAUGAAGGGUGAAACUCCCAGUCAGAAGGAGCCCCCAGUGACUUGUGUAAAGAUGAACAAAUCCUACCUUCUGGAACCCCGAUUUCAGCAGCCCAACAAGGGAUUUGCAAGCAUACCAGCAGCCCCAGAACUGGAAAAGGAGAGAAGGGUCUCCCAUUCAGCUGUACGAAACCACACCCCCAUCAGUGAAAGUAAUCAUAAGAGAGAGGAGCUCCCGUCAAAGAGGCGAGACCACACGGCUGAUGCCAAACUCCUUACCUCCUCCAGUCAGAAUGCCAUGGCUGGUCCUAAGCCAGUGGCACCCCUAGGGUUCCUCAGUUCUGACAGUAACCCUGGAAGAGAGAGGCAGAACCACCGGGAACCACCUGGGAAGUAUCCAGUGACCUCGAGAAGCAGCGAGCCGCUGACAACAGUGAGGGCAGAGAUUGCCAGAGAAUCUUUUAUGGAGCAUUUGUCCACAGAGACUCCGAAAGCUAGUAGCUUUGGAAACAAUGCUUCUGGGAUCCGAGCCGGCCCCGACUUUUCCACUCAGCCACGUGCAGUGGAGAAACUUAGGGGUGUUGGUGGGAAAGCCGAUUCCAAAGAAGGGAAAGAAAUAACUAAGGUGCCCACCAAAGAGGAUGUUCGCUCCUCCAGGAUUCCUGGUGAGAGGGAAAUAAGCAAGCAGAAAACCAGCGUGGACCUGAAGCCUGAGGUUUCUCUCCCAAAAAGGUCUGGCCAGCUUCCAGGAGUCAGUAACACCAAGAAUGAAAAAGCCCUGGGUUUUCCCUCUUUACAGAAAGACAGUCCCAAAGAAGCGGAAAGAAAAGAUUCAGCUUUUCAGAAACAGGUCAGCAGUCUCCAGCCUUCACUGGCCUCCAAGGACUCCCCUAGUGUGGUGACUCAGCAGCAGCUCAGUUCACCCAUUCUCCCUUCAGUGAGGGAGCCUGUUUCUAGGACCUGUGCAUCAGAGGUGGCCUUGGGCCUCCCUGAUGCUUCUGUCAAGCCAGCUACGGCCCAGGUGGAAAGCAGCAGCCACAAGCUCAAACCUGCACCUGAGGCCUGCCCUCCAAAGUCUAAACCCUUAGAAAAACUGGCACCAUCCCAGAAACAGUGCACUGGAGGUGCCAAGGAGAAAGAAGCUGCCCCACAGGCCCCUAGCAGUGCUAGCAAAGAGGGAAAAAGCACCAGCAGAACUGUGCCAGAGACCUUUCCUUUCGUCUCCCAAAGGAAAUCGAACAAUGAGAGUGUCCAGGGGGACAGAACCCCUGACUCACAAAGUGGGUCAGCACCUUCAUGCCAAGUGGAGGGGGCCACCAUCCUUGACAACAAGUUAAAAUCGCUAGGUAAUAGCAACCCCCCAGUGGUCCAUUCACAGAGGCAGGACCCCACAGGCUCGAUUGAGCUGGUAGAACAGAAGCUUUCCACAAUCCCUGAAAAACAAACCCUGCCCCUGAAGCACCCCAAACCAUCCACUGUGAAAGACAGUCCCUCACUGUGCAAACAGACCGACAAAAGCCCAAGUCCCUCAGCCACCUGCAAACAGACUGACAAGGGCCCAGCUCCCUUGGCCAAUGUGGCAGACAAGAAGCCAGAAGGGAAAAAAUGCACUGAUGCACUUUAUGUUCUACCUGACUGUGGGAAGCUGGAGCACAGCCUUUCAUUGGCGAGCUGUGAGGCCAAGGGUAAAGGUGGGGAAAAGCCAGCUGUAGCAGGAAAGAGCUCCUCAGAGCCCAAAGGGAAAGCCCUACCUUCACAGAAGCAGUUGAUGGAAACCAGCAAACAGGGUGGGAUGAAACGUUCUCCAUCAGCCACUGGGCAGAGUUCCUUCCACUCAGCUGCCCCCUCAGAGAAGACUCUGAGCUCCUCAUCAAGUUUCCCCGAGUCUAAGUCAGGAGUCCUUGAGAUCUCUGCAGUGGCUGGUGACACCCUUUUUGCCAAGACAAACAGGAGCCAGGCAGAAACCCCAGCUCCCAGCACCAGGGACUUUAGGAAGCCAGGGUCUGGGGCAGAUGGCAGAACACAAAUGACAAAGAGCGAUUCAUUGCCAUCCUUCAGUAGUACAGCAGGUGCCCUGGAGUCCCACCACUCUGAUUCACAUCUCAGGGGAGAAGUCAGUACCCUGGACAGGGCCCUCUCAAUGACCACCACCCCAGGAGAAGUGAAAGGGAAGGAAUCCAUCCUGGCCCAGACUCUGGCUGCCAGGAAACAGAAUGUAGGAAAAGACAUUCCCAGGUCAGCUGCAAACACCGACCGCCUUGUAGCCCCUUCUUCUGAAAAGGACUUUGUGGUACGCCAGCGACGAGGGAAAGAGAGUUUGCGCAGCAGCCCCCACAAAAAGGCUUCCUAAUGGGGCAGGACCCAGGAGGCAGGACUGUGGAGACUCCGACUGGAUGUUGUUACUUUGUCCUGACGACCUUCAAAAAACCAGCACCAAAUGGGAUUGUUCGCCAGGCAGAGCUUUGGGAGGAGUAGGGUGGACAGAGCGAUAGAGAGGACCUUUUUCCAUAUGCCUUCCCAAUUGUAACCGGUAAAACUGUUACCAUAUAGUAUUUAUACAAAAAUACCUUUACAGUUGAGAGUUGUUAAGGAAAAAAAGAUGUUCUCUGUAAAUAUCUAGCAGUGUGUUUGGUUUUUGAAUGUAGAAUAUACACUUUGCUGCUGAUUGCGUUGUUUACUACAACUUUUUUUUUAAACAAAUUGUUGCUUUGCCACUUACUUACCAUAAUGUAGGAAAGAAGCAAAAUUACUAAAACUGGGCAUAUGCCCUCACACACAUACAUACAAAACACAGUUUUGGUCUAUAGUUUAAGACAAUAGUUCAAGGCUACAUUUUUACAAGUUAAAGUAUUUCAAGAGUUAAAGGCAAAAGAAAAUCAUAAAUAACUGCAGUUCGUGAAUUUUUAUGUGUAUUUUUAAUCAGAUUUUGAUAGUACUGUAUCUGGCUACCUAUAUUUCCAGAUCUAAUUUAAGAUGUAACUUGAUCACUGCAUUUAAAAUCUGCCUCAAUUAGGAUAGGCCUGGACUGAGAGGGCCUACCAUUUUUAUUUCAUGAAUGUCCUAGCAAGGCCUUUUGAUCCUGGGUCCAACUGUCUGAAAGACCAGUUGUUCACUUUUGGUCCAUUGGUGUGUGUAUUGGACCUUCACCUCACAUGGCGCUGGGACUAUAAAUACUCAUCAGCUUAAUUUCUGCUGUAAUCCUUUCAUUUUUUUCUUUCAGCUCUUAAACUCAGGCCUUUAUGCUGUGAGUCUUACGUAUAAGAAGCACAUAUGUUGUAGUCCCAUGUCUGCCCUGCUCUUGUAUAAGAAGAAAGAAGAUGACUUGAACCCCCCAAGUACUUAGGUUUGAGUAAUCAGUUUCAUGAAUUGUAGAGCUUUUUUCAAGUUUGACAUUUUUUGGCAAAAAAGAAAAAAAAAGUUAUUUUAGCAUCAUGUCAUAAAUAGAGACAACCAGGACAUCAGAUCCAUUUUAAUACAUAGCGGGGGCCUUAUGUUAUAGAUAAAGCUUGCUGUUUUUAGCAAGAAAUCCUGGGUUUCACAUUCGUCUCUAAAUGCAUUGGGUAGCUCCAUACAUUUCAUAACAUGAUCUCUUUAUUUGUAUGGAAAAAAAGUAAAUACUGUAUUAUUAAUAAAAAGCAGCAUUUUUGUAACAAAGAGACCUGUUGGAGCUAUUUGGUGCUUGAAUGUGACUGUCCUUUUUACUUUCGCUAAGCCUUAUUUAAAUUUUGUAUACUGUGGAACAUGUAGAACUUGUCAGAUAAUUUUGGCGCUGAUGUACUUUGUUUUGUUUUGUUCUGGUUUUUUUUUCUUUUUGAGGAAAAAGCACUUGAUGAAACAAGUACUGUGGCACUAAGGGAAUAUUGACACAGAUAAGUAUUUUUAAGAUGCUUGGGAUCGAUACCACAAUAUUUUUUUUCUCUUUUUUUCCCACUAAGGCAUAUGCCCAGCAAGAAGUAAUCAAGUCCCCCAUUCCUGAUGGGGAUUUUUUACUUUUUCCAGGUGAUAAAAAUCAUUGUUCUAAGCACAGUAUAAUCUUAUGACCCUAAAAUAUGUUUGGCCAGUUUGUGAACAGGGCUCUUAAAACAAAAGUAUGGUCCAAUUGGUUUCUUGGGUUUUGCCUCAUUCUAAUGAAUUACUAAAGGAAAGGAAAAGAACCACUUUCUCUCCCCUUAAUUUUUCAUAGGGCAUGGCCAUUUCCUAUCUUCCCUUCGACACUUGUAAAGGAAACAAACAUUUUUCCAUUUUUUACUGGUUUUCAAUACUGGUCUCAACAUUUGCAGUAUAUAUCUGUGUUGGGCGAUCAUAGCCCCAAUACUAAUGCACUCAGACAUCAUGAUGCUUUGAUCAAGGAGGUAUUUCAUAGUUUACAGCCCUUGCAUUUUAACUGUCCUAUUGUUUCCUUUAAAGCACAAUUAGCUGCUUGUUUACAAUGAUACCCUUUUAUGUAUAUUUUGUAUAGUGUGUUAUCAUUUCUGCCAAAUCUGGUUUUGCAUUUUGGAUGAGUAAUGAGUACAAUAGGGUUGUGUUCAUGUAAUAUCUGUUUGUUGGUGUGAAACUCUCUAAUCAGCUGGUAGAAACCCUCCUGCUAACUGUGUUCUAUCUGGUCAGUCUUUGUGUGAUUGUAAGACGUGCUCCUUGGUAGUACUCCCAGCUGUAGAUUUACCAGUUUGAAAAAAAAAGUUUGUUAGGCUUUGUGCAAUAAAGUGUUUGCAGUCUGAUUUUCUGGAAUAAAUUCCCUAUGGAUGUCAUAAUUGUUGUAUAUUGAACAAAUAUUUAUACUUAUGCAGUUGCAUAACAUUGAAAUAAAAA